GGGUUUCGCUCUCAUCUAAAAACUUCAUCCAUUUCUUUUAGCUUUGACGCUUCUAAAACCCUAGCCCUAGAUUUUUGCUCUCUCCUCUUACUAUUUAAUGGCGAUUUAUUCCAGUAAUCGCUCUUGCUAGUAUUGGCUGUUUUGGUCUGAGAUUCAUCCGGACUCGAGCCUCGAUCGGUGAUCAGCGAUGGCGACGGUGAACCCGUUCGAUCUCCUCGUGGAUGACGAUAACGACGAUCCGACGCAGAUGAUCGCUGCUCACAAGCAGAAGGUCGAUUCGAGGAAGCCAGCUCCGGCGACGAAGGGCGCUGCUCCGGCGACGGCGAAGAUGCCGUCGAAGCCUCUGCCGCCGUCACAAGCUGUGAGGGAAGCUAAGGGAAACCCUGGAGCACCACGUGGUGGUGGUCCGGGCCGUGGAAGGGGUGGUCGUGGUGGUUCUGGGCAAGGUCGUUAUCUUGGGAAUGGAAAUGCCAAUGACUUUGCAGGAGGUUAUCGUUUUGGUGAAGAUGGAGAUAGCCGUAGGCCUUUUGACAGGGAGCGUGGAUCCUACAACGGACCCUCAGACAGGGAGCGUGGAAGCUACGAUGGACCACGUCAACCUUUCCGAGGUGGGCGCCAUGGUGGGUAUAGUAAUGAUGAGGCUGGAGGGGAUUCGGAACGGCCUCGGAGAACCUAUGAGCGGCGGAGUGGUACAGGUCGUGGAUAUGAGAUGAAACGGGAUGGGGCAGGGCGUGGGAAUUGGGGAAAUGCUACUGAUGAUGCUCUCACACAGGAGACUGAGGAUAAUGUGAAUGCUGAUGGGAAGAUUGCAAAUCCUGAGAAACAGCCGGAGCAGGAACAUGCACCAUUAACAGAGGCAGGCAAGGAAAACAAGGAAGGAGGAGCGACAGAGGCUGAAGAGAAAGAGGAGGAAAAGGAGAUGACCUUGGAAGAGUAUGAGAAAAUAAAGGAGGAGAAGCGCAAAGCCCUGCUCGCUUUGAAGACGGAAGAAAGAAAAGUUGAGAUAGACAAUGAAUUGAAGUCUAUGCAGGUGCUCUCCUUGAAGAAGGAAAAUGAUCCCAUCUUUAUCAAGUUGGGUUCUGACAAGGAAAAGAAGAAAGAAAAUGCUGAUAGGGAUGAGAAGGCCAAGAAGUCUUUGAGCAUCAACGAGUUUUUAAAGCCAGCUGAAGGCGAGAGAUAUUAUGGUGGUGGCCGUGGCAGAGGCAGAGGAGCCCGUGGAUCCUUCCGAGGUGGUUAUGGUGGUGGUGGUGGUUCUGCUCUGGCAUCUGCACCCUCAAUUGAAGACCCUGGACAGUUUCCUACACUUGGAGGGAAAUAGAGCAUAAGCACUUGUGCCACCGUCAUUAGUAUUUACAUGUUUCUUAGUUAAUAAUGAGAUUCUCUGAUUCUGGUCAUUUAAAUUUUGUUUUCUUUUUCCUAUUUUCAAACUACUGUAUAUUGGAGUUUUUGCUGGGACAAUGUUUAAGAGUCUGGUGAGUUCUCUGUUGGACAUGAUUCUGGGAUGUAUUGUCAUCUUCUUUUUUGUCUCUGGGAAAGUUUUGUUGACAUUAUUUAUGGUUAUGGGUCUGCAUA